GCCUGUGAUUCCCGACGGAUAUGAAAACCCUGUCCAUCGCUGUUGCCCUCGUGGCGUUUGUCGCUGUCAGUGUCAGCGGUGAACCUGAAGCUGAUGCUGAGCCCAGCCGCUAUGGAGGCGGCUUUGGAGGCCAUGGGCUCGUGUCCUACAGACCCGUGUAUAGCAGCUACGGAUACGGACGCUGGAAGAGGAGUGCUGAGGCUGAGCCUGUAGCUGAGGCUGAGGCUGAGCCCGAAGCUGAUCCUUCCCGCUUCGGAUACGGGUAUGGCGGCUAUGGACAGGUGUCCUACAGGCCCGUGUACAGCAGCUACGGAUACGGACGCUGGAAGAGGAGUGCUGAACCUUUAGCUGAGGCUGAGCCCGAGCCCGAGGCUGAUCCUUCCCGCUUCGGAUACGGGUAUGGCAGCUAUGGGCACGUGUCCUUCAGGCCUGCGUACAGCAGCUACGGAUACGGACGCUGGAAGAGGAGUGCUGAGGCUGAACCUGUAGCUGAGGCUGAGCCCGAAGCUGAUCCUUCCCGCUUCGGAUACGGGUAUGGCGGCUAUGGACAGGUGUCAUUCAGGCCCGUGUACAGCAGCUACGGAUACGGACGCUGGAAGAGAAGUGCUGAGGCUGAACCUGUAGCUGAGGCUGAGGCUGAGGCUGAGCCCGAAGCUGAUCCUUCCCGCUUCGGAUACGGGUAUGGCGGCUAUGGACAGGUGUCCUACAGGCCCGUGUACAGCAGCUACGGAUACGGACGCUGGAAGAGAAGUGCUGAGGCUGAACCUGUAGCUGAGGCUGAGCCCGAGGCUGAUCCUUCCCGCUUCGGAUACGGGUAUGGCAGCUAUGGACAGGUGUCCUUCAGGCCCGUGUACAGCAGCUACGGAUACGGACGCUGGAAGAGGAGUGCUGAGGCUGAUCCCGGAUUCAGCUUCGGUCGCGGAUUCGGAGGUCACAGCAGCUUCGGAGGCUACAGGGGCUAUGGAGGCUACGGCGGGAACUUUGGAGGACAUGGUCGUUUCUAUGGCUAAGGAAUUUUGGUUCGAGGAAGAUGAAUAAAACUGAGCAAUUUUA